AUGUAUCCCUACGUUUGGUCUCAAUGUCCUCUCGUCGAAGACGACCACGAAGACAGUCAGCUUCCCGCCGGUAUUCAUGCUAUGGCGGGGAGUAGAAAGCAGCAGUGCACGAACAUUCACAUUGGCAGCGGCAGCACACAAUCGCGACUAAACGACCACAUUACAUCCCAUCGCACGAAUCCGCUUCACAUAUUGGCAGUCAUGUUGGAGAGAUGGUCUAAGGGUUGUGGCGCGAGACCUGGAUAUCCGGUAUCGACGAAGGAGGCUUGUCGCGGUUCUGCGAGAAGGAAAGUGGGGAGGUAA